UAGAUUUCUCUUGGCAAAGCGCGUUAAGACGCGUUUUUUUUAUAAACAGUGGCGGACGCGUCUGACAAACGUUUUAAGAAAAAACCGCGUUCAGACGCGUCUUUUUUAACAAAAAUUCCAGACGCGUCUUGGAGACUUCUUUUGGUAAAGCGCGUUAAAACGCGUUUUUUUUAAUAAAAAGUGCUAGACGCGUCUAAACGCAUCUCGGUACGACGCGUUCAGACGCGUCUGACCAUUUAAUUCUGAAAAAAACGCGUUUAGACGCGUCUUUUUCAAAAUAAACGCGUCAAAACGCGUCUUUUCAGACGCAAUGACUUUACAUGGGCGUCACAAACAAAGAUUUUACUAAAAGUAAAAAAGAAAGGGGAAAAUUUGAUUUUUUGCCUUGGCACAGGAAACGAAAUGAGACUAUUCGACUUUCUCUAUUUGGAUAUAACAGAAAAAUCAUGUUGCUUCAACAUAAACCAGAUCUAAAGUCAUGAUAUGUAAUUUGGAUCAAAUCACACAAAUUUUCCUAAGUGUCUCAAAAUUGCGGUUAGAAAAUGAUGAUUUGGAGCAAAAUCGCUGAAAGAAAAAUAAUCUCCUGUGAUCGCUUGAGCCUAUGAAGAGUUAUAAAUAUAGCCAGCUUUUCAAGAACUACAAAAUGGCCGUUUUCUCUUUUUUCAUAUCGCAAAAAAUAAGAGACUGAAACUGAAAAACCUGUUUUUUCGGUUUGAAAGUAAUCGAUAUUGAAGCUUUCCCGCCGCUAUUUUCUUUAUAUUUUUUUAUUCUUAUAGUAUAUAAAGAAAUGCUCAAUAUGUUUGGUGUAGAGAACUGAAUGAGGCUUCUUUUAAAAAAAGAUUGAGACUUGUCGAUUAACCUUGAUCAAGAUAUUGAGAAAAUACUGAAUGACACAGGACUUCUGGGCCACCCUUUAUAUUAUUUUUAAUACUUAUUUUUAUUAGAGCAUACGGAAGUUUGCAAAGUCCAGUGGACUAUUUACUCAAUCUGUUGGAAUACGUACGUAUAUAUCCGUUUUCAAAUCAAAUAAUCAAUUUUACCGCAUUAUGAAGGUUUUUUCUUUUCUACGAAAGGAAAACGAAGGAUACACUAGAAAUUUUCCUGGUUUUCUCACAAGUUAACUAAUUAAAGUAGCCUUAAUUAAAAAGGCACCCUUUCUCCAAUUUUUAACGAAUGUAAAGUAGUCGAUCCGGACUUUAAGAUAGACUAUUUUUCCGAAAAGGAUACUGCCUAGUUUUUGAGUUAUCUGAUGAUUCUUUGACAAAAACAAAGUACUUUUUUCUUAUCGAAGAAAAUAUUAUACACACACAUAUAUGUUACGGGCAAAACUGGAAUUCUAGUUUUGACUAGAGAAAUAUUGGUCAGAACUGGAAUCUUGGCAAAUCUGAGAUAUUACAAGAGUGAAAUGCAAUAGUUAUUUAAAAUUGAUAAUCAUGCUUUUUAUAUAAUAUCAUAUUGAUAUAUCAUGCAAUCAACUGUUAUUUAAAUUUUUAUAAUCAUGUAAACUUAUUAAUUAUUAAAAGAACACAGCCAAAUGCGUUAACUAACGCAUAAACUUUUCAUAAACUUUUCUAUAUUCCGAGUGUUUAAUUCUUAUAUGUAAUUGUUCUCGUCUGAUUAGAUUUAGAUGCUAUAUUCGAUCAUCUUGUGAACAUUUUAUCAUUAAUUCCUCGCCCGCCGUUACUGUUGGAUGAGAUUAUAUAAAUAAGUUGUAUUUGGCGAUAAUCAGCAACCAUGUUAACUGGCAACUGUUUUGUAAAGAGUAUUAUAAAGAAUCUUAUCCUUCUGCUUAAAGAUUAUUACUUUCUUUUUUGAAUAUUUUCUACUUCGUUAAUUAUUAAAGUAUUAUCGACAAGUUUCUGUUCAGCUUUAAAGGUAAUUAAGUUUUAAUUAUUCUUUUAAAUAAUUAGGAUGUCAGCUGUUGCUUCAUCAUCUGUUACUACCUUGUCUUCUACAGACACUUCAUCUCUUCCUUGCGCACCCGGUAUAACUGCUGGUUCUGAAAAAGGAUUUUUUGAUGACGUUGAAAAAUAUGAUGCUUCAUCACAAGAAAAGUAUCGAGAGAAAACAUUCAUAAGAAAAGAAACAUAUGAUAAAAUACUCAAAAGUUUACUAUUAGAGAAAGGUACAUCUUCGGAAUCAGUUCCUACAAAGUUUGUAUUUUGGGCAAGGAAAAACUUUAUAAUUCAGAAAAUUGCUGGGACUGAUAUUGUUUGUUGUUCGAAAAAUAAAAAACCGCUGUGUAUUUACGAAUGAUUUUUUAAUGUAAUGAAAGAAUGUCACUUAAAUGUAUCAUAUGGUGGUAGAACUAAAACUCUAAACGAAAUUAAUUCGCAUUAUUCAUCGGUACCUAGAGCUGUUGUAGAAAUAUUCUUAAGGCAUUGUCUCCUAUGUCAACUUCGAAAACCAUUAAAACAACCAGUUGUUUCGAAACCUAUCAUAGCAUUAGGUGUUAUGACACGUCUACAAAUUGAUUUAAUAGAUAUGAGAACAAGACCUGAUGUUGUUUCUGCAGACGUUGUUUACUGUUGGAUAUUACAUUGUAUUGAUCAUUUUUCAAAAUUCACUUGGGCUUAUCCAUUAGAAAAUAAAUCAGCCAAAGAAGUAGUUGUAAAACUUCGUCAAUUAUUUUUUACUUUUGGUCCCCCACGUUUAUUACAUUCAAAUAAUGGAUCAGAAUUCGUUGCUAAGGUUAUUUUAGUACUAAAAACAGUUUUUCCUAAUUUGUGCUUUAUUCGUGGUCGUCCACGUCAUCCACAAUCGCAAGGAUGCAAAAAAAGGGCGAAUUGCGUCUUAAGUUUAUCGUUAGGAAAAUGGUUACAAACAAAUAACAUAACACAUUCGUCAGAAGGUUUAUUGCCUGUAGUGAUUCCGAAUUUUGAAAAUCUUGUAAAAGAUCAAGAUAUUGUUGAUGAAGAACAUUUACCUUCACCGAUUGAAAGUAUUCAGGAUAAUGAUGUUGAUAAAGAAAUUUCUGUUAGUACAUCUAAGACAAUUGAUAAUAUAAUUGAUAAUAUUGAUCAUCAAGAAUCUCUUCAUAAUUCAAAUGUAACAUGUUUACCUAGUCCUAUAAAUGCUAUCAUCUCUCAAUCUACUUCUCAAUGCCUUCUUGAUUUAUCACCAUCUACUCUGCAUGUUUCACUUCAACAACCGUUGAUUGUUGAUGAUAACCCAGUAACAAAAUUAAUAUCUUUUGAUUCGUCUCCAUCUCCUUAA